AUGGAUAGCUGCACAUGUCAGGUGCUUGGUGUCAGACGUCAGCCGCAACUUUUGCCCUACACCUUCCUCCUCUCCAGCACACAACCUCAACAUCCACAACUGGACUGGAAAUGUGAAGAAUUGGAGAUAUAUACAUACUUAUAUAAUAAAUACACUGCUCUGCGUGUCUUUUAUUUGCCGUUCUGCUUAAUGAGCAGCUAUUUUUCCUCUUACUUGUCCGAAUCACUGCUCCGGAGAGCCCGCCAACUACAAGGAUCGCUCUCAGAUCCUACAGAUGCGGGGCCAGAAACCCAGCAAACUGGCCCAGAAACGGAGGAACUUAGAGGUGGGAUAGUUGGUGCUGACAUGGCCGAUCCUAAUCGCUCGAUUGAGGGAAGCCACAUACCCAGCCAAAAUGAGGUUUCCAUUGCUAUCUCGGAGGACGUAUCGCAUUCCUCGACUACCCCUCAUCAUGAAAACGCCUACGCGGAUCUUCGUUCCGAGAUUGGUGUGAGCCAGCUAUCGCCCUCACUUCUCCAUUUUCCGGUAGAAUCGCAUGCUGCGGUCCUAGAAGACAUGGACGGUACCGCUGGGCGGCAUUCCGCGGACUCAAAUAAUAGAGCCAGGCAAACUCCAACUCCAAGGUCAGGGCCUGUUCUUAUGGAUUCUUCGUCCAAUUCCCUGUUGAACCUUAGGAGAGAAGAUAGGGAACGAACUAGAGAUCUCGACGAAAGGAGCGGCGGCCAGAGUGACCCAUAUGUUGUCAACGAUUUCAACUGGAAUGGGAAAGCCAUAUCAACAUUGCCGGAGGAUGAUGGAAUGCAGUCCUUGAGAGAAAGGAUACACAAUAUUCGGGAUGCAAAGGUUUCUAAUGCGGAAAAGGCCAGGUUGAUUCAUGCCCUUAUGACGGAGAAUUAUAAUUCAUCUCUGAACAAAAGGUAUGGCCAGUCACGUUCGCCUGGAAGCUCUCGCGAUCAAGAGCGGCCGUGGACUCCUGUUUCGCAUGGCAAACGAUCUUCAGGGCACUUUACCGCGACUCCUACCUCGGUCACGUCUGCUGCUUCACUCGAGUUGUCCUAUCAUCUCACUGAUGAUGAUCUACGACCUAGCUAUGCACCUCGACAUGAGUCAUCAUCUGAUCUUACUGCUGAGAGCAUCAUUUCGUUUCCGAAAGAAAUCGCGAAUGACGACGCAGUGGAAGAGGAUAAUCUCCAACUGGGUUGUCAACAUUACAAGAGGAGAGUAAAGCUUCAAUGCUUCACAUGCAAGUGCUGGUACCCUUGCAGAUUUUGCCACGACCAAGCAGAAGAUCACGUUUUAAUUCGAAGAGCGACUCAAAACAUGCUCUGCAUGGUUUGUAGCACUCCGCAACCGGUCGCGCAAUGGUGUAAAUCGUGCGGUGUCCAGGCCGCUUGUUACUACUGCUCGGUUUGCAAGCUCUGGGACAACGACAGCCAGAAAAGCAUUUACCACUGCAAUGACUGCGGGAUUUGUCGUAUUGGUCAAGGUAUUGGCAAGGAUUACUAUCACUGCAAGACGUGCUCUGUCUGCAUACCUAUCUCUAUCCAGCAGACCCAUAGAUGUAUCGAAAGAUCAACGCAGUGUGACUGUCCAAUCUGUGGUGAAUAUAUGUUCACCUCUCCAGAGACUGUCAUAUUCAUGAAGUGCGGCCAUAGCAUCCAUCAGAAAUGCUUUUCCCAAUACUCAAAAACGUCCUAUCGAUGUCCUAUUUGCAGCAAGACUAUUGCAAAUAUGGAGGCACACUUCAGAAGCCUAGAUCGUACAAUCAAUGACCAGCCAAUGCCACCGGACUUUAGGGAUACAAGAGCUCUUAUAUCUUGCAACGACUGUUCCGCGAAAUCUGCUGUUCACUACCACUGGUUGGGUUUGAAAUGCGAAAUAUGUUACUCGUACAACACAAUGCAGAUACGUCUCCUCACUGCUGGCGAUCACAAUGAUCAGAACACCCACAGUCAUGAAACCAAUGGAGCCCGGGACAUAUCCCGUAACAUUUCCAUACCAAUUCGCUUGACCAGAUUGCCGCAAAGCUCUGACACCCAAGCACUGGCCGAAAGUACUCUGCUGUCAACUAUGUCAAGGUCAGUCCCGGCAAACGAUCCCAAUCCCAGCCUUGGGACCCCUCAGCCUGCGGACCAAACAGCAAGCUAUCGUCGAUCCUUUUCCACUAUACCUCCACGAACUGUCCCUGCAGUGAUCGGGAAUUAUUUCGGCCUUCAUCGCCGGAGCGAUUCGGUAUGGUCGAUUUCGAAUCCUCGUAGUGAUGAGAAUAAGAACACAGCAACCAAUAACGAUAACGAUGACAUCGACUUUUGGGGUAGUAAAGCUUUCAGGCCUACGUUCGGGAUAUUUGGGGAUGGAAAGGACGAUGACGAAGUGGUAAUACUGGAAGAUGAAAGUGAAAGCAUCGAUGGCUCGGAUGCCUCUGAUGAUGACGAACAUCAAGAGGAUACAGACGAGGAGGAUGAAAGCGACAUUGAUGAAAUAGACAUAUUCGGCCAUCGCUAAAUGAAUGCGACCGGGAGAACUCACCUGACUUGGGUUUUUUUUUUUUUUUUUUUUUUUUUUUUUUCUACGGCUGAAAGAGAAAACCGAAAACCACAACUUGGC